GCGGGCACGAGUACUUCCGGUAGUGCGGGCGCGGGGUCGCGCUGAGCGGGUUGGAGGCUGGCGGCGGCGCAAUGACCACGCUCCGGGCCUUCACCUGCGACGACCUGUUCCGCUUCAACAACAUUAACUUGGAUCCACUUACAGAAACUUAUGGGAUUCCUUUUUACUUACAGUACCUUGCGCACUGGCCAGAGUAUUUCAUCGUUGCUGAAGCACCUGGCGGAGAACUAAUGGGUUAUAUUAUGGGCAAAGCAGAAGGCUCAGUAGCUAGGGAAGAAUGGCAUGGACAUGUCACAGCUCUCUCUGUCGCCCCUGAAUUCCGCCGUCUUGGCUUGGCUGCUAAACUUAUGGAGUUACUAGAGGAAAUUUCAGAAAGAAAAGGUGGAUUUUUUGUUGAUCUCUUCGUAAGAGUAUCCAAUCAAGUUGCCGUCAACAUGUACAAGCAGUUGGGUUACAGUGUCUACAGGACAGUCAUAGAGUACUACUCAGCCAGCAAUGGGGAGCCUGAUGAGGAUGCCUAUGAUAUGAGGAAAGCACUUUCCAGGGACACUGAGAAGAAAUCCAUCAUACCAUUACCUCAUCCUGUGAGGCCUGAGGAUAUUGAAUAACCAUAGGCAGUGGUUCUUAGGCAGGUGUUCCAGACAGUUUGUGGACAUACUACUUUCAUAGGAUGAUCUUGGAGCUCUAUUAGGAGGAAAGUAAGCAUUUAAGUCUUAAAGACUUCAAAAAAUGCAGGCUAUAAACUUCAAAUCUCAUCCUUCCAGUGAGCAAUAGCAUACAUGUUCGAACUGUUUGCCAUAGUAAAAUUCAAUCAAGGCAGCUAAGUCAGAAGGACACGUUCCACUAUCAUGGUUGACAGUACAUGCCAAGAAAAGACUCCCUCCAUCCUCCUCCUAAAUCCUGGGCCUGAGAACCACUGCUGCACAUAUAUACAUAUAUAUAUAUUUUAUUUUGUAUUGAUCUGUUAAUUGAAGCUUUAAAAGCAUAUAUGAAAUGUAUAAAUCUGAGAUGUAUAGUAAAACAUUGUUGACUAUGAAUGUUUUCUGGAAGUUUGUUGUCUUUUAAUCAAAAUUAUGGAGGGAUCAUUGUUUAGGAUAUGGUGCCUCUUCUUGUUUUGAUUUUAUAUAUAAAACCUUUUUAAAUG